UGGGCUGCGCCGCGGGGGCUGCGCCGCGUCUCGAUGGCGGCCGGCCCGCGCCGCGGCCCAGCGGGCGCCGCCGCGGGCAUGGAGGAGCUGCUGAGCCGCUCCGUGCCGCAGCUGCCGCCCUACGAGACCAAGGAGAAGGCGCCGCCGCCGGCGGAGCUGCGCGGCGCCGAGUUCGUGCGCUACUACCGCGGCCUGGCGGCCGGGCCGGGCCGCGCCGAGCUCCUCACCCGCCUGGCCCGCGACUUCGGCGUGGACCACGGCCGCGUGGCGGAGUUCAGCGCCAAGGUGCUGCAGGCCCGCGAGCAGGGCAGGGAGCCGGGAGCCCUGCUGCAGGCCGAGGACCGGCUCCGCUACUACCUCAACCCCCGGUACCGCGGCCUCUUCCAGCACCUGGGCCGCCUCGAGGGCGGGCUCCGCUUCCUGGUGGAGCUGAGGGGCGACCUGGUGGACGGGCUGGCCACCAAGGCGGUGGACGGGCCGCACGUCAAGGAAAUGAAUGGAGUUCUAAAGAACAUGCUUUCAGAAUGGUUUUCAACAGGAUUCCUAAAUUUGGAACGGGUCACUUGGCAAUCACCUUGUGAAGUACUCCAAAAAAUUAGCGAUUCUGAAGCCGUGCAUCCUGUUAGAAACUGGCUUGAUAUGAAGCGUCGAGUUGGGUCAUAUAGAAGGUGCUACUUUUUUUCUCACUGUGCAAUUCCAGGAGAACCAUUGAUAGUCUUGCAUGUGGCACUAACCAGUGAAAUCUCCAGCAGCAUCCAGGCCAUAGUGAAGGAAGUUCCCCCUAUAGAAACAGAAGAUCUGGACAAAAUUACAACAGCAAUUUUUUAUUCAAUCAGUUUGACUCAGCAGGGACUUCAAGGUGUUGAACUUGGGACUUACCUCAUCAAACGAGUUGUAAAGGAGCUGCAGAAAGAACUUCCUCAGAUAAAAGAUUUUUCUAGUCUUUCGCCUAUCCCAGGAUUCACAAAAUGGCUUGUUGGUCUCCUCUCUUCACAAACAAAAGAACUAGAAAGAAAUGAACUUUUUACAGAAUCAGAAUGCCAGGAAAUCUCUGCGAUCACAGGAGGCCGUACCACGGAAACUCUGAAGAAACUCUUAUCUAACAAUGAAUGGGUGAGAUCAGAAAAAUUGGUCAAAGUGCUCCAUUUGCCAUUUAUGAGACUCUGUGCCUGGUAUUUGUAUGGAGAGAAACAUCGUGGCUAUGCUCUCAAUCCAGUAGCAAAUUUUCAUCUUCAGAACGGUGCUGUGAUGUGGCGGAUUAACUGGAUGGCAGACACAAGCCCCAGGGGCAUUGGUGCUUCUUGUGGCAUGAUGGUAAACUACCGGUAUUUCUUAGAGGAUACAGCCAGUAACAGUGCAGCAUACCUAGGGACAAAACAAAUUAAAGCGUCAGAGCAAGUUCUUUCCUUGGUAUCUCAGUUUCAGCAAAAUAGCAAGCUUUAAAUACUGUUAAAAACUAAGGACAAGCAUUCCUCACUGCAGAGGGCUGUGAUACUCUGUAGUGUCUAUAUUAAAAUGAGAAUGCCCUUCAUAAAACGAACUUACUCAGCACAGCAGGAUGCAAAAUGAUGCAGUUUAUCAGUCGUCUUGUUUAUGUUGUUGUAUAUUCGAAGCCAGAUGUUCUGUGAUUUAGUCGCUACAAGUUCCAGACAUAUUUUCUGUACCAGUGAAUUGGAACUGUGUGUUAAAGGGUGAGCAAAAUCCUCUCAGUGAGUUACAAGCCAGUGGUAACUUGUAUGGACUGUUCUUCAGCCUUACCAUUAUUCUCUUGAUAAUAAACUUACAAACCACGUCUUCAGAAGGAGCGGCACUUCUCUCUCGUAGUACUAUUUUAAUAGAUCAGUACCAAAGCACAUGGAAAGAAGUACAUAGUGAAGGUAAAUGAUUAAAUACAGAACAGUAAUUCACAACUUUAUUUCAAUAUAUCUUUGUGGUUUUCUCCCUCAAGCAUUCUCAUGUAAAACAUCCUGAUAUUUUCGUUUUUCAAGUCCGCUCAAAAUCUCACUGAAUCCUUGCUCUUCUGGAGCAUGAUGAAGCCUUACGUUAAUGUGGUUGAAUAUUAGCACCUCUCACUGCAGCACGUAUGUAGUGUUUGCAGAUUUGUCUGCUAAAAUAUAAUGUGCAAUAGAAAGUGCUCUAUUAGGGCUUGGUUGAGAAGUUUUCAGGUAUGUAUGUUAUGCUCAAAUAUUUGACUCUGGUAAAUUUUUAAGUUGAUAAAGAGCUUUUUUUAAUUAAAAGGUAAAUGUGGCCCAUAAACCAAUAAAAUAAACUUUCUCUAUAAA